GCCGGCUGUUAGUGCGUUUAGUGUAACCGUAAAACCGUACGGUGUGGUCCCUUCGCACGAACCCUCGGUACGGCCGUGUCUCGCUCGAUCGGACCGCGUGUGUGCAAUUCUCGCGAAACGUGCUCGUUAUCCUGCUCCUUUCGACGAUAAACGUUAUAAUAUAGAUCUGCAAACUUUCCGUUCGACCACAUAAUAACACCACAUUGACUGUUGAAUAAAAUAUAACAAUUAAAAAAAAAAUAAAUAAAACGUAAAAAAAGUAUAUAUAUAUAAAAAAAAUACAAUUCAGUUAUAGGUAUCGAAUACAACCAGUCGCCGAACGCCUAAUAUAUUUAUUACCAUUAAGUCGCCGUCACCGCAUUGUCAAGUAUCUAAAAGAUAACGGUUUUUUUUUAUCUCUCUGUCUCUCUUUCUUCGUCGAUGUGAACAGAAUACGGUUUGUGAGUGCGAAUCAUAACAAUAUUUUACAUCAAACCGACACAGUAGCCGGAUCGUUCAUUUUGUCCAUUGUCGUCCGUCGCGAGAAAAAUCACGGUAAAUCUUGAGAUAAAAGAAAUAAAAACGUUUCCGUAACCACGAUAGAGUUCGUCGUACAUUCUCCAUAUCCAUCCGAUCUCGCUGAACACGUAUUGCCGUUGUACCGCGAUUAAGGUUUGUUAAGGCGCAGCGUCUCUGGACCGGUGCCUGGGACACGCAGGGAUGACGGGACGGCAACGCCGCAAAGCCCGCGACCAAUAGCGGGCGACCAAACCGGUUUGCCGCCCGAUGUUGCCACGUUUCAACGGACCCCACCGCCGUCGCUACCGCGUAGUGCAAUGGCUACCACUGCAGCCGCAGUUGCGACCGCGGUCGCGGUAAACUUCAUAGACAACCAGACGACUACCAACGUGACCGGCAACGACACGCUGCCGCACGACCUGCUGGAGUACGACCUGUACGAAGUGCCCACCAUACUGGUGGUCGUCCUGUCCGUGCUCUAUGGGUCAAUAUCGGUUAUCGCCGUGGCCGGCAACGGGCUAGUCAUUUGGGCCAUCACCACCAGCAAACGGAUGCGGUCCGUCACCAAUCAUUAUCUGGCCAACUUGGCGUUCGCCGAUAUACUCAUCGCCCUUUUCGCCGUGCCGUUCGAAUUUCAAGCUGCUUUGCUGCAACGUUGGAAUUUGCCGUCGUUCAUGUGCGCCUUUUGCCCGUUCAUACACGUGCUGUCCAUCACCGUCAGCGUUUUCACGCUGACCGCUAUUGCCGUGGACCGACGCCAAGCCAUACUCAACCCGUUCGCGGCUCGCACGUCCAAGACCCAAUGCAUGUGCGUGAUCACGUUGAUCUGGAUCGCCGGGCUGGCGCUGAGCUCGCCGAUGGCGUACGCCCAGCGGAUGGUGUUCCUGUCGUCCGACUGGCCAUUCUGCCAGAACGUCAACCUGUCGCAGAACGAGAUGCUCUUCUACAGGGCGCUGCUGGUGAUCGUUCAGUACGUCAUACCGCUGUCGAUCAUGACGUGGGCCUACUCCGGCAUCGGGUUCGCUCUGUGGGGCUCGUCGGCUCCCGGCAACGCGCAGUCGCAGAGAGACCUGAACCUGAUGCGAAACAAGAAGCGGGUAAUCAAAAUGCUCAUCAUCGUGGUCGCGCUGUUCACGUUGUGCUGGUUGCCGUUGCAAACAUAUAAUCUGUUGCAGCACAUAUUUCCGCAAAUUAACGAGUAUCCUUAUAUCAAUAUCAUAUGGUUCUGUUUCGACUGGUUCGCUAUGAGCAACAGCUGCUACAACCCAUUUAUUUAUUCCAUUUACAAUGAAAAGUUCAAACAAGAGUUCAAAAUGCGUUUGGACUUCAUGGCAGGCAAACGGCGGUUGACCAGAGAUCUGAGCGCGUUCUCCAGCGGCCGGUUCGAGUGGCGCACGAAUCAUGUGAACACGCACGAGCGGAACCUGAAACACGGUUCGAUUGUCACCAACGACACGCCACUGAUUCUCACACCGGAAGCAUGAACGACCCCUGCCCCUAUUCGCAACGAUCACAUACACUCAAAUACGCGUACAAACACACACCCCUGUGUCUAACUUUGUUGGGUUCGCUGCAACUUCAGUUCAAAAGUAAAAACCCACUUCUUGUAAGAUAUAUUAUUUAACUGUAGACAAUAUGUUAUUACGAAUAUACUACACCGAACCAUAAUAAAUUAUGUAAAUAUAAAUCGUUGUGGUAAUCAGUUUAUUAUACUAUUGUUAACAUUUCGACGCCGAGUCACCGCUGUAGUUGGCCGGACGUUUUCCAUCCCGAAAAAACGAUUCCAAGUGAUAUCCAACCAUUUCUUUUGUCUAUUUCAUUGAGUGUUCUUUUCGUACUCCUCUAUUUUUUUUCAUGGUAAAUGUUUUUGUAUGUAAACACUGUAAAUGUUUUUUGUAUAUAAACACUUUGAACGUUGCAUGUAACUAUAAACUAUGUAUAAUGUAAUUAAUUAUAUAAAA